AUGGAGCCUGGGACCAACUGGACACCUCUCGACAUCGCGGUCAUCGGAGGAGGAGUCGGCGGCACCGCAGCUUCGAUCGCUCUACGGAGAGCAGGUAAUAAAGUCACCGUCUACGAGCGAGCGGACUUCGCGGGCGAGGUCGGCGCAUCCAUCUCUUGCGCGGCGAAUGGAAUGAAAUGGUUGCACGAAUGGCAGGUCAACAUUGAAAAAGGAGAUGGUGUCUACCUCAAGCAAUUGAUCAACCGAGAUUGGAAGACUGGAGAGCCGGUGAGCGUGGUUGACUUGAGCGACUAUGAGGAGAAAUGGGGUCAGGCAACUAUCAGGUUUCAUCGGCAAGAUAUGCACAAGAUGCUCAUGGACUGUGCGCUGUCCAAAGAGGGAGAUGGUGUACCGGUGAAGCUUGUGGUCAAUCAUAAGUGUGAGGACAUCGACACCAAUAGCGGAACGGUCGUCUUCACCGACGGCUCGUCAGUCAAGCACGAUGUGAUUAUUGGAUCGGAUGGCAUCGGCAGUGCUAUUCGUAAACUGAUCGGCAUCCAAGUGGAAAAGCGACCAGCGGAGUCGAGCUGCCUUCAUGCAAACGUCACCUCGGAAGAGGCUGUUGCUCUAGGAUUGCCAUCGUAUGGCGAAAUGAACAGUGCAAUUGAGUACUGGGGUGGGCAUGGUUCACUGAACAAGAUUGUCCUGUCUCCGUGCCGCAACAGCAGUCUUCUCUCAUACUACUGUUUCUUCCCUCGCGAGAAGGGCGACUAUUCUCGCCAGACGUGGACAAGCGAAGAUCGACCGGUAGGAGAGCUUCUCUCACCAUAUCCGGAUCUCGACCCGGAGGUCUACGGACACUUGAAGAUUGGUCAGGAGAUCCGGCCAUGGCGUUUGUGGGUCCAUGAGCCAUAUUCUCACUGGCAGAAAGGUUUGGCCUGCAUCAUGGGCGAUGCCGCACAUCCGAUGAUGCCAGAUCAAAGCCAAGGUGCGUGUACCGCGCUGGAGGAUGCUGCAGCGUUGGGCCUUCUGUUCUCCAAGGACUUCUACGCUGGAUCAGUCGAGGAGACGUUGAAGCUGUACGAGAAAGUGCGGAUGCCACGAGCAACCAAAGUGCAAGCGGCCUCAGCUCGCGCGAGGGAGAACAUCCACGAACGGAUCGGAUUCUCUGACAACACGGACAAUAAGCUCUAUGCCGUGAACGACGAAUCAUCGAAGUUGACGAUCGCCGAGAUGAAUUCGUACGACAUGCGGGCGGACAUCUUGAGCAAGUGGCCGGUAUCAGCCCAGACCAGUGUGACGACGAAUGGUCGUUAA